UGCGGCGGGUCGGAGCGAGGGGCCCGUGGCGGGGCGCUGCAGAGCCGCGCGGAGCCGGACCGGGACCAUGCGGGAGCGGAGGAGCCCGCAGCCGGCCGUGGCCCGGUGCAAGCUGGUGCUGGUGGGGGACGUGCAGUGCGGGAAAACCGCCAUGCUGCAGGUGCUGGCGAAGGACUGUUACCCCGAGACCUACGUGCCCACGGUGUUCGAGAACUACACGGCCUGCCUGGAGACGGAGGAGCAGCGCGUGGAGCUGAGCCUCUGGGACACCUCUGGGUCCCCAUACUACGACAAUGUGCGCCCCCUCUGCUACAGCGACUCGGAUGCCGUCUUGCUCUGCUUCGAUGUGGGCCGUCCCGAGACCAUGGACAGCGCCCUGAAGAAGUGGAAGACCGAAAUCCUGGACUACUGCCCCAGCACCCGCGUGCUGCUGAUUGGCUGCAAGACGGAUCUGCGGACCGACCUGAGCACCCUGAUGGAGCUGUCCCACCAAAAGCAGGCGCCCGUCUCCUACGAGCAGGGCUGCGCUGUGGCCAAGCAGCUGGGAGCAGAGAACUACCUGGAGUGCUCAGCCUUCACGUCAGAGAAGAGUGUGCACAGCGUCUUCCGGACAGCAUCCACCAUCUGCCUGAGCAAGGCCAGCCCCCCGCCCCCCAAGAGCCCCGGGCGCAGCUUCUCCAAGAGACUCCUGCACCUGCCCAGCCGAUCCGAACUCAUCUCUUCCACCUUCAAGAAGGAGAAGGCUAAAAGCUGCUCCAUCAUGUGAAGGGGCUGGGCCCCAGGGCAGGGGCGGACGGACCAAACCCUGACUCUGGCCUCCGGAUGGUCUCGAGCCGAUGCUACGGGGGGGUGGGGGACAGGCCAGAUGGGGGGCGGCGACACCUUGUCCCACAGAGGCCUUUAGUUUCCCGACUGGCCUCGGCAGCCCUGGGAUCAGCCCUUCACCAUCCCAGCGCUUCGCACGCAGACUCGGCACGUGUUCUCUGAGGAAGAGAUGGAGGCGGGGUGACAAGGCCCUGGGGUGUCUCGGCACAGAAGGACCUUGGCAAGCAGCUACUCUUGACCCCCCCCCUGGAGCCAGGAGGCCCCGUCAGCGGGACUCAUCCAUUUCGUUGAAUGCCCACCCGGUGUCUGGCUGUGACACAUCCCCUCCAUCUGCUGCUUGUCUCCAGAGCUGGCUGCUUCCAACCUUGGCGUUACCUGCCUCCCAGCGUGGGGGCGGCUCCACCUUCACCUGUCUGGGGGGGAAGGAGGCAACUGGUUUAUAGACUUCUUCUCUGGGGGGGCCACCUGUUCAGUGUUCGGUGUUAUUAAAAAGCUUA